AUGUCCAAGGACUUAGCCGCCGCCGUCUCUUCAGUCGCCGCGGAGAGUUCGCCUCCGACUGAUGCCCCCGUCCGUGUCUACGCAGAUGGGAUCUACGAUCUGUUCCACUUCGGCCACGCUCGAUCUCUCGAACAGGCUAAGAAAUCGUUCCCAAAUAGUUACCUUCUUGUUGGGUGUUGCAAUGACGAAACUACUCACAAAUACAAGGGAAAGACUGUGAUGAACGAACAAGAGCGUUAUGAAUCUCUUCGACAUUGCAAAUGGGUUGAUGAAGUAAUCCCUGAUGCUCCAUGGGUGAUCAACCAAGAGUUUCUUGACAAGCACCGGAUUGCCUACGUGGCUCAUGAUGCUCUUCCGUAUGCUGAUGCCAGUGGAGCUGGAAAGGAUGUCUAUGAAUUCGUUAAGCAAGUUGGGAGAUUUAAAGAGACGAAGCGAACGGAAGGGAUAUCUACUUCGGAUGUAAUAAUGAGGAUAGUGAAAGAUUAUAACCAGUAUGUCAUGCGUAACCUCGAUAGGGGAUAUUCAAGGGAAGAUCUUGGAGUUAGCUUUGUCAAGGAAAAGAGACUUAGAGUUAAUAUGAGGCUCAAGAAACUUCAGGAGAAGGUCAAAGAACAUCAAGAAAAAGUUGGCGAAAAGAUCCAAACUGUGAAAAUGGUGCGUAAUGAGUGGGUGGAGAAUGCAGAUCGUUGGGUAGUUGGGUUUCUUGAAAUGUUUGAAGAAGGUUGCCAUAAAAUGGGAACUGCCAUCAGAGACCGAAUCCAAGAGAGGUUAAAGCGACAAGUGUCCAAGGACUUGCUCGAGAACGGUCAGCAUGAAGACAAUGACGAACAGUUCUAUGAAGAAUAUUUCGAGCAUGACAUUGUUAACAGCUACGAAGAAGAAGAAUACUGUGAGGAGGAGAUGGAAGAGCACAAUACUAAUGUCGCAAAAGCUACCAAAGGAGCGAUUUGUAAUAACUAG